AUGGCCGCUGCUGCAACGACGGCGGCUGAACCAGAUCUUCUCGAGCCUACCGGCGUUCACCACCCGUUUCACAGCUUGUCUCCACUCACCGAAGCGCGGGCAUGGGCGGCGAGGGAAGGACAGUACUUCAACGGCCUCAUCGAGGCCAACGGCGGUGCAUCGGUGUCCAAGGGGCACCCGGAUCUUGCUGUCACGUUCUUGACAGAUCACGCCAGCUGUGAAUGGUUUUUCAGCCAGCGCCAAGAGGUCUUGGACCGGCAGGACGGGGCGUACUUCGGCCCUCUAAAGUGCAAGAAGCAGUACAUCGGCGAGUCGCUACCCACUCUCGCCAGCAACCAGAAAGAGUCGCACCAAGUCCUCCGCGAACACAAACUCAGAGUAUUCCGAUCAAGGGUCCCCUUCGCGCAGUCGGCCAUGACUAACGCUACCGACACCUUCUACAAGAAUCUCAGGGACAACGGUACGUGA